AUGGCCGCACGUGGUUCAGCACGAAAUACCCGAUUGAAUAAGAAACCCAAGAAAACCAAAUUACGUGGUAAUGUGUCACAUGGUCACGGUCGUAUUGGUAAACAUCGUAAACAUCCUGGUGGUCGUGGUAACGCUGGUGGUCUUCAUCAUCACCGUACUCUUUUCGAUAAAUACCACCCGGGUUACUUCGGUAAAGUUGGUCAACGUGAAUUCCAUAAAUUGAAAAAUCGCCGCUGGUGUCCAUCUGUCAACCUCGAUCGUUUAUGGUCACUUUUGAGCCAACGAACACAAGCAAAAUAUUCCGAAGGAGAAGCUGCCGUCACACCUGUCAUCAACGUUGUCCGAUCAGGUUAUUUCAAGGUGUUAGGCAAAGGUGUUCUGCCAAAACAACCACUCAUUGUUAAGGCCAAAUUCUUCUCAAGAUCAGCUGAAGAAAAAAUCAAAGCUGCUGGUGGUGCUUGUGUAUUAGUAGCAUGA